CGUUGUUAAUCUUCAGUGUUCAACAGAGACCGGUGCAGAGACCGGUCUUCCUCCCCUCUCGUCGGGCCUGCAGACCCCGUCCCAUGUCUGAGCUGUGGGCCUAGUUCUAGGCUGAAGGUUGGACCAGUCCAAUGACCUGCCAGUCCUCCGAGUCCACCGACAGCAUCGAGAGCGACAGACGAGUCGACAACAACUCCAGGGCUGUGGAAUCGGACGAGAGCCGCAUCGCCUUAGCCAUGAAAGACCUGAAGAACACAGGCUGGUACUGGGGCAGUCUGACGGCUAACGAGGCCAAAGAGAUCCUCCAGGACGCCUCCGAGGGGACGUUCUUGGUGCGGGACAGCUCCCAGAGAGAUUACCUGUUCACCAUCUCGGCGAUGACGUCGGCGGGUCCGACCAACCUGCGCAUCGAGUACAAACACGGGAAGUUCAAGCUGGACUCGGUGGUUCUGGUGAAGCCCAAACUGAAGCAGUUCAACAGCGUGGUCCACCUGGUGGAGCACUACGUCCAGCUGUCCCAGACCGGCGACAAGGCGCCGGUGAACUCUCGGCCUUCGGCGCCGCCGCCCAACGGUACGGUGCAGCUGCUGCUCACCAAACCGGUGUACACCGCCACACCGCCGCUGCAGCACCUCUGCCGGGUCGCCAUCAACCGGACAACGCGGCGGGUUCAGGACCUGCCGCUGCCCAACAGACUGAAGGACUACCUGAUGGACUACGCCUACAACGUGUAGAGCCGGACGCCACUGACCAAUCCCAGCAUGCUUUGCUCCUGUGACAGGAGGGACGCGCAAUAAUCAGUGAGGAAGAGGAGGAGGAGAAGGAGAAGGAGGAAGAGGAGGAAGAGGAGGAGGUACUCCUCUGUGUACUGCAGUAAUACUACAGUAUUGGCACUGUUUGUACUCUGUGGGACAGAUUUUGGCAGUUUCGGUCCUCCGUAUAAAUCCGUAUCAGUUGAAGGUGAAUUAACGGUCGUAAACUCGCAGCUACACGACAGAAACAGAAACAAUAUUUACGAACAAACAGCUGUUAUCAGUUAAUAUAUUUAAAAAAUGUGGAUCAAUAACAGUCACUCACAUAAACCUGUUUCCAAUAAUAAGGUGAUUAAUUACUGAUUAUUGAUCAGUUGAUAUAAAAUAUGAACUUUAAUUAAACUCCUGUUUCAGUUAACGAAGAGAAACUCAGUCAAAACUGACAACAACAUUUCCUGCUGUCACAGUUGAGUCACAGGAAACCGAGGCCUCUGAUUGGCCACUGGACGACCAUGAGAGGCUCGACCCUCGGUGGUGGCGGCGGCGAGGGUUUCCUGAUCGAUGGAAACAAACAGACGUGUUGUUUUCAUGUGAACUCUAAUGAGUCAGACUUUGCCCCCCCUCAGAUCGCAGGAAAACACACAGGACCUGGUGAUCCUGCUCUGAGGUUCAACGAGGACGCGGCCCAGAUAAAGUCCACAUCAGUCUGAUCUCCGGUCCGGUUUCACUGGUUUCUGAUCACAAAGCGAAAUCAGCUCCGAUCCAUUCAGUCCGAUAACGUUCCAAUAAAUCCGUCCAGAAAGUUCCGAUGUUUGCUGAUUCUUAAGUUUUAAAUUCAGUCCGAUAACAGAAUCACAAAUUCCUCCAACGCGUCCUGAAAAACCUUCUGUUUCCCAGGAUGGUGAAGUCGUGACGACGUACAUACAUAGAGACAGCGGUAUGGAAGAUGAUUAGUGCCAUAUACUAAAAAUGUACUUGAGUUCUGGGUUAAAAAAAGUCUGAAUUCUGAAAAUAAAAUCGUCUUCCAUAGAUCGAUAUCACCCAUUAGACAAAGUCUAGGUAUCAGAAUCAGUAUUGAGAAGUCAUCCAAUCACAAAUCAUUGAGCCAUUCAUCAUCAAACGUCAAAAGUCGCAAAUAUUUUUAAUGAAUUAUACAAAAAAAAUCUAAACUAUUUUGACAUCUUUCACUCUCUUCUGCAAUUUAAUUAUUAAAAAAUCUAAACAGGCAAAUCCCAAAAGCUGCUCUCUGAGUAGAAGAUUAAUUAAAUCAUUUUAUUACCAUUCGAGUUAUCAGAAGUCUUAACAGGAAGUUCUCCUUUAAUACGUCCAUGAACCUUUUGUUAUAUUUUAUCUUUAACAAACAGCUUCUGUGAUUUAAGGUUUGAUAUUAUUUGGAUUCAUUGUGUUAAAUCUUCCGUCAGAUUCCAGAACAAACAACAAACAGUUUAGAUCAAUAAUCUGAUCAAUAAUCUGGAUCAAUAGUCCUAGUUCUUCAGAAUAAAUAUGUUUUAUAAUAUAAUUUUUUUAUAUUUUCUUGCUUAGUUCAAACAGUCGAAGCCUGAAAGAUGUUUGAUUUGAGUCGCAGUAACUUAAGUAUUGAUUAUAAAUUAAGUUAAUUAAAGUUAUUCCUUUACGCAGCUUUAAAAGGAACUUAAAUAAAAUGAGUCGGUGGAACAAACUGGAAUCAAACACAUUAAAGUUCAGACUGAUUUUGUCUUUACGAUAACGAGGAUUCUUCGUGGACGCGUAGCUGCGAGUUUCAGCUCGACCUCCGUUCUCUUCCGGGUUUUAAGGCGGUCCAGGUCCAGGAUGUGGUCACUCAGGUAAACGGGACUGAAUGUUCCUCUUUGUAUCUUUUAUUUUUGUAUGAGGGGUUAAUCACUGAAGGGAAGGGGCGCUGGUUUUAUCUCCAGCUACGAUUUCAUGGUGAUAAAGUUCAUCUACCAUCGGACCUUUAUUACUAUUUAUAACACAAUGAGCAGGACCACACAUCUUUGUACAUAUCACACCUGCUGAACCCUGCUGGACCCCGCUGGACCCCGCUGGACCCCGCUGAACCCGGCUGGUUUUGAUUAUUAAGGAUAUUUAUUGAUUGUGUCUCACUGUGUGUUCUGGUACAUUUUUUUGUAAAGAAGCUGCAGACUGAAAGCGUUCUGCUGACAGGAAGCUCUGCGGCGGUUCUGUAAUGUUGAUCGGCUCCGACCACGAGAUGAAUAAAAUUUUUAUAUGGUGCUUCA